UGGGAUUUAGAUGCGAUUCGAGGGUGCAUUUUUUGUGUUAUUGUGGAUUAUGAGUAGAUAGGGUUUGUGAAUUCUUGAGUUUAAUUGGAGAAGAAGAAGAGAGGAAGAUGGGAAGGGUGAAAUUGAAGAUCAAGAGGUUGGAGAACUCCAGUGGAAGGCAAGUCACAUACUCCAAAAGGAGAGCUGGGAUCUUGAAAAAGGCGAAAGAGCUUUCGAUUUUGUGUGACAUAGACAUUGUGCUUCUAAUGUUUUCCCCAACUGGGAAGCCUACAUUGUGUCUCGGAGAGCGCAGCAACAUUGAGGAGGUCAUUGCAAAGUUUGCUCAAUUAACUCCUCAGGAGAGGGAAAAGAGAAAGCUCGAGAGCCUUGAAGCUUUGAAGAAGACAUUUAAGAAGCUAGAUCAUGACGUCAAUAUACAAGACUUUCUUGGAUCAAGCACUCAAACAGUUGAGGAACUGACUAAUCAUUUAAGAUUACUGCAAGCCCAAGUAUCAGAAGUGCAACAGAGGUUAAGCUACUGGACAGAUAUGGAAAAGAUUGAUAACAUAGAUCAUAUCAGGGCAAUGGAAGAAUCUCUCAAGGAAUCUCUCAACCGUGUUCGACUGCAUAAGGAAAAUUUUGCCAAGCAGCAAUUCAUCUCUCUCAAUUCCUCUAAUCAGCUUCAAAAUGACAUGUAUUUGUCCUAUGGAGUGUGUGGUGAACAGCAAAACUCAUCUAAUUUGUGGCUACAUAACAAUGACAGCCACCAGCUUAUUCUUCCAGAAGUGCCUCAUUUGCUGCCUCAAAGAGAAAUCGUAUGCUCAACAGAGACACCCCUUCAAAGUUAUCCUAACUACUUCAGCAGAGAAAAACAAGCAGAAGCCAAUGAGCAAAGACAAGGAGACUCUUUGCAUGGAUUAACCCAAAAUGAAUGCUUGAGCUUGCAACUAGGCGCGCAAUAUCCUUAUCAAUCAUAUGGAUUGAGUUUACUCGAAGACAAAAAGUACAAGCCCAAUGGAGAAAUUCACUUACAGGAAGGAGGGUUUGUAGAUUACCAUGUCAAUCAGUUCCAAACACCCGGAGUGGGAUUUGAUAACAAAAUUCAGAACUGGGCUUCUACAUCUGGGUCAUGCGGUGGUGCUAUGUUCGAUGAACACUCAUAUCAUCAGCAACCAAACCAGACAAUGUAAAUCACAUAAGUUCAUCACAUGAACUCUUCUCCGGCCAUCAUCGUUAUUCGAAACUACACAAAUCCAAGGAUUAUGCGAGCCGGAUUUUCUCACUGCUAACUCGACAAAAUAGAUCACAAUCACCAUACAUGUAUAGCAAGAGUUUUGUAAAUACAUUGUAGAUCAUUUUCUCCGCCUUCGUCAUGGCCAAUUUAUUAGUCAAAACAAAACAAAACAAAACAAAAAGGCACAUUCAAUGCUUUGUAAA